UUCUUCAGUCGUCACCGAAUGCCGGUACCGAAGCCAUCCGUUUUCCGCGGUACCACCUUUGAAUGCGCUAAAGACGUUUUUCGUUUCUUGCCCAAGGUCAACGCAAUCUGGUGCCCUCCGUUUUCUUGGUUCUCUAGCUCGGUUCUAUCCGUCGAAUUAUAUUUAUACCGUGUAGAGUUUGUGCUUACUUGGUUUUGAUUAUCAAGGGUUAUUUUCACUAUAAAAGUAAGCAGAUUUUUUUUUGGUGUACUCCUUUGAAUUGUAGUUUUGAGCAGUGACCUGGUGCAUGUGGUGAAGUGCUGGGAGACGUUCGGGACAAGUGGUACUGUUGUUGGUUUGUUAGAUUUAUGCUUACUGGAUUACCGGAUUGUGAUAAUAUUUAUUUUUAAAUGGAGAAGCUGUUCAAAAAAUACUAUUUAUAAUUUAUCCUUAAAUGGACCAUCCACUAGACCACACUAAUUACAAUGGGGCUGGUAAUGUUCUCGCCCUGACUGGCCUACAAUGAUGCCAUCUAGGUCAACGCCAAACCUUCAUCAAACCAAAACAAAUUUGGAAUUUACGUCGACAUCGUUUCAACGGCUGUCACAGAGGACGGCACCCACGACUGGCGGAGGCAGAGAUGACGACUCGCCGCCGCCAGCGCCCCCUGUACGUGAUUCAUCAAGUCUUAAGUCUAUUAAGUACGGACCAGGGCACGAAAAGUUUCCAUCGUGGCCAGUGCCGGCUGCAGCUGAGAUCCCCUCGCGCUCCCCUAGUUCUGGGGGUUCCACCCGGUCUAAAUCUUGGACUGAUCACACUAAUUAUCCUAAAGAAAAAGUUGUUAGUUACACCAGGCCAUACAUGAAGAGGCAACACUCCCAGUAUACGCAGCAGAAACUCAAAACUGUGAUGGAACGGUGCGAGAAAAUCCCACCCGAAACCUUCGAGUCUCGUCUCAAAGAUAAAAUUCCCGAACGCCUUUACUUGCCAAACGUAGAUCACGAUGGAAAACCCCUCGGCGACGCAGAUUACAGUGUUCCUUCACCUCCCGAACGAGAAUAUUCCAAACCCCACCUGACCCAGGAAGACCUUGAAGAGUAUGCACGUUCAUAUCAAGAACCAAAAUUCAAUUUUCCCCCUAAAGAGACCAAUCAUCGGCUAACUGAAAGUGGAUUAGAAGAGUUUAUCGAGUACAACCGAAGUUAUGAGGAGUCUUUGUUUAGCUCAAUUAGUUCCAAGCAGGGCGAAGGGAUUCUCAAUCAUAUUCACCACCAAAAACAGGUUUCAUACGCGCAGAGCGAGGGCUAUCACAGUUACGUGUCUAGCUCGGAUUCUACUUCUACACCGUUCCUAGAUAGGUUAAGGAGAGAUAGUGAUGCAGUUGUGGUCAGACCUCAGUCUUCAACUACUUGGGACAAUGAGUCUUCCUGCUCCAGACGUGAAGGAAGAGAUAGCGUGGUGACAAAUAGUUCUGGAAGUGCUUCCUCUAGUGAAACUCUUAAAUGGCAUGGUUCAAUGAGCGAUGUCUCAGUAGCCAGUAGUUCUUGCACUCAUCUUGCCAACCAAUCAAAUGCCUCUUCUUCCUCCUCCUCAUCAUCACGUCAGCUAAUUGCGCAUAGUGCCCGUGUACAAACACCCAAGAGACACCACUCUGAAAGUGUUUUAUAUAUGAGCAAAGAAGGACAGCAACUGAAUAAGGAGGGCUGGUCGGAAAAAGAAAAUAGGAAUAAUAGUGUAAAUAAAUUAAAGUUGUUUCCAGUGAAUACUUAUAGAAUGCAAGAUGAGAAUGGUGAUAAGAAGGGAGAAAGUGGAUCCAGUGGAGGAAAUAGUAAUUCAAAAAAUAGGUUAUCACUGUCCUUGCAAUCGGCCCUUUCAGUAGCAGACCGGAUAAGUGAGCUGGAAAAGCAACAUAAAUACUCUUACCUAGACCCUAAUAAAAAACACAAAGUUCCUGACCCUACUCUUAAGGCAAUUCAAAAAAAAGCUCUCUUAUCAUUCUACGAGAGGCACCAGCAGAAUAAUAGCUCAAAUAAAAAUACUUGGAGAUCUGAGCCCCAACUUACUCAAAGUCAGCAGCCCAUGACCGUGGUACCCAAACCACCCUCUCCUAAGGCCAAAGUAACGUUACCCUCAAGGAGAGCUUCUUCAGCUAGUGAUUAUGCUGGGAAUAUUUCAAAGAGGAGCAGUUUGGCUUCUACUUUGGAGUCUAAAACGACCGAUCACAUUACAAAUGGAAAAAUCACUCCAAGACACCAACACAGCAACUCGUGCGGUAGCUUAUCAACCGAACUUAUGAUCGGGCCCAUGAUAGUGGGUCAAGCUAUAUCCAUCGACGAUUUUAUCCCUGAUAAACCGCCAGAACGGCCUCCAAAAAACCCGAAUUUAAGAGCGGUAUUUCCAGAUUUGUUCCAAGGACAAAGGUUACCAAGUCCAGACCUACCUCCACCAUCUCCUCCGAUGGUGGUGGAGCACGAGUUAAUUGAAAAUGAUGACCCGCUACCUCCGCCACCUCCUGAGUGUGACUCUUCAUGGCAAGGAGAUAUUACAGAAAGAUUAAAAAGCAACGUUACAUCGAGCCACCAAACACCACAACCUCAAGUGCAAAAAGUGACCGGCGAAGCAAAAAGGUCUUCUCCAUCCAUUAGCCAAAACGUUGGUAUUCCCGAACGAUCCAUGAGGUAUUCUCUAAUAAAAACGAGGCCAACAGACCAUAUAAUUCAGCAAGUUAGUAGUAAGCCAUACCAAUCCUUACCGCCUGAGAUGGUUGUUAAAUCGGAGGCUGUCGGUUUUAAUCAUCGAGGGUAUCCGGAGCGAUCAAGCACAAGGUACCCAUCAACUCAAAAACUAGUCCUUAAUGGCAAAGUAGCUGUAAGUCAAAAAGUCAACGGACUGGCAAACCAGCAUCUUCCAGAACCACUUAAGCCUAUGCAUAAGGAAGAAUAUAAGAAACAAACUUCCACGUCUCCUAAAGUCGAUACUCACAGAGCACAACGUGCAUCAAUUGCCGAAAGUCCCCGGAAAGAAACUCCUCCGCCAUUACAACCAAGACAUAUGAGAAUAAACCAGAGCAUGCGAGCCAAAAUGACCCAUGAUCAUCGAGUAAGGCUGUCGCCACCUAAAGAAGGCUUGAGGGAGAGUAGAUCAUCUUCACUGAGCCAGUCAAAAGCCUCCUACUUAGCGUCAAGACGAGACCGGGAACUGAUAGUAUCAGACUCCGAAACUGGCAGCUACAAGCGCACUAUGUCACCCAACGGUCACGCCUUAUCACCUGAAGUUAAUAACGAACUGCCUAAAAAUAACAGCAGAGAAACCGUUUGGCCAUUAAUCAGGCAAAGUCGUAAUGGUUUAAAAUGCGAUGUAGUGCGCAAACCAUCCUUUAAUAGUAAAAGUAAACUUAAACUCAAAGACGAUCAGUGUGAUAGUAAAAUCGAGGAUCCACCACGAGCGCCCUCUACAGUACUACCGGAUGUGCUUCCUGUAAAUGCGAAAAUGAUCUCUAGAUCUCCUCAAAGUCAAUAUAACAGGCCUACAAAUCUAAACUUUUCGACACUAAAUGGAAAUGGCGUUGUAAAGAAAUCGCCUAUCAAAUCACCGCCAUCCUCUCCACCAAAAAGUCCCUCGCGAAGUUCACCUUUUGCACCUUUACGAACAACCGUUCUCUCUUCUCCAUCUUAUACCAUCAUGACUUCUCCGGUUAAUUUAAAGCCCUCUCCUCCGAUAACUUCAACCCCCACUAGCAAAAUAUCUUCACCUACGUCUAUCUCUUCAUUAACAAGGGAUCCACCACACAUCAAAGCUUCCUUAUCCCCAGUAAGCUCUCCAAUAAAACUGUCUCCCUUAAGAUGUUCUCCUCCCAGUAGCAGUUCCUUGUUAGCAUCAUCACCACCAGUUCUAAGCAAAUCAACGCAAAAGUCACCACCUUUAAGUCCAAAAUCAUCACCUGAACCACAGUCACCUAAUAAACCAGAUGAAUAUCCUAAAGUUAUUGAAGGGUUGCAAUUGAUUCAACGGACAGAAGUUGUUUUACGAGUUAACACUACCACAAGUGAUGCAUCUUCACAGACGGAGAAGGAGGAACUUUCACCAACACCGUUGCCAACGAGAAAGAAGUUACAGGAGGAGAUUGAGUGCGAGAAAUUGUCAGAAGAUUUUGUUAACCAUUUGCCUAGUUCAGAUAGAUUAAAGGAUAUUUUAGUUCCUGGUCCAGAACACAAGAAACCAACAGACUACGUACAAGGCUUAUUUAGAGUGGAUGUUACUCUUAAACCUAGACCUGCUAAUUCACCUUUUAGAAGUCGAAAUAAUACCCCUAGCAGUAGUCCACCUCCAUCUCUCACUACUACAAGCUCCAAGAUUUCAUGUAGUAAACUAAGCUUACCAAAAUCUGCAUCUCCGGAACCGACCAGCCCGUUAUCAUGUUGUUCAACCUAUUUUACUACAUCAGAACCCAAGGCAAAAUUUUUAACAAGGUUUAGUCAGGAUAUGGACCAGUGUCAUGUGGUAAAAGAUACCAAAGAUUUAAAUCAGAAAAAGGAUGAGCUGGUUAGUCGUUUGGAUAAAAAACUAGAAGUGCUGCGUGGAGAGGCACUGAUCGUCUCUGAAGAAUGCAAGAUCAAUGAUGAACUCGGGAUCAACGUAGAAACUUACAUUAACCGGGUGGCGAGUCCGCAAGAAGUUUCCAAAUUCCGAUUGCACGUUGAAGAAGUUGGAAAAAUCACCAGUUUACUGUUAGGUCUUAGUGGUCGGCUUGCAAGAGCUGAAAAUGCCUUAAUGAAUAUGCCUGGUGAACACGCUGAUAGGAGAAUCUUAGAGUCUAAAAGAGACAAACUCUUAGAACAGCUUGAGGAGGCUAAGAAACUAAAAGAAUGCAUCGACAAGCGUAGCAUUAGCGUAUCAAAUAUCCUUUACAAGUACCUUAACUCCGAAGAAUAUGCCGAUUACGAUCAUUUUAUCAACAUGAAAGCUAAACUGAUAAUGGAUUCGAAGGAGAUUGGAGACAAGAUUAAGCUUGGUGAGGAGCAACUCGGUGCCUUAAAGGAAACUUUAAUAGUAACAGACUGAUCGAUGUUUAGUUUUAGUUGUAAAUAGAUUUUGUGUGUGUAUAUGUUUUUUGUGGUACUUAACUGACUUAAAGUAUUUAAAUUUAUUUUUAUUUAGAUGAUAUUUGGAAAAUUAUGAAAUAUGAGAUUGUUAAUUUGUUAGAAAGUGAAGGGGCUUGAUUUGGAUUAAAAUGUGAUUGAUCUAGUUGAUAUAAUUCACAAGCUUGCAUAAUUAUUUAGACGGAAAGUACAAUACCUUUAAAACGGAUAUAUAUCUAAUUACAAAGAUUUUGUAAGUUUAAGUUUAUUUUAUAUAGUUAUUGAUGGUUACUAAAAUUAAUUAAAAGCUAAUGAUAUUUGCAGAAAUUUUCAUAAAGAUCAGAUGUAUUUUAAACAUUUCUAGUAUAGCCAUUUUGUCGUCAGAAUAUUAGUAGCUUGUUUUUGGAUAUUAUAUGGCAUAUAUUCGUGAUGACCACAGGCUUAUUGAUUCGCUAGUUUUUCCAGAGACGCGCAACUAUUUCCAUUAAAUCAAUGCUUUAAUCAAAAUAAAUAAAAAUAGGUCUAUAAUUUUUUUUUUCUGUCAAAAAAAUGACACACCAUACGUAAUUUUCCGCUGAAAUUUUCCACUACGUUCUGCGUGUUAGUUAAAUUCAAUGCAAGAAUUUUUGUCGACUUUAUGGCUGUGCUAGUAAAUUUAUUUUGUCAUUCCUUAAACACAAUCAAUCAUAUAAUAAAUAUCUAAAUCUACCGAAUUAAAAUAGGUCGUCUUUCUUAAGUCACAAAAACUAUGCUGCCUGUAAUAUUGUAAUUAUUUUAUGUAGGGUCCACCUCGCAACGAUAUCCUUUAAUAUUUUAGAAAAUAAUUUCUAAAUAAAUUGAAUUUGAGUUUGGCAAUACCUCUUACUGUUUAAACAAAACGGAUAAGAUGGUGACAAGCCAUAUAUGUAGUGGUGAUUUUUUUUUGCGAAAAUAUUAAUUUCAUUUUUAUCAAUUGUUUUUUUAGAAUUUUUUACAAUCUUGACUUAUUUUUAUUUAAAAGAAAUCACCCAAAGCAAAAUAGGCUGUUAUAUUUUAUGCAUUGUAACUUAGUUAUUUUGUUAGCUUGAAAAUUGCAAGGCUGAUGGCUUCAGCGUUAAUAGGAGCACGAACAUAUGUAUACGCAUUUAUUAUUUUUUAAUUUUAUUAUUGUGUAAAUAUUUGGGUUCAAAAAUUUAAUUAAAUGUAGCUGCUCUAUUGGACUGGGAGCCACAGUCAAAAAAACAUCUUCCUACCAAGUAUUUAUUACCUAUUAAUGUAUAUAGAAGAACAAUCUUUAAGGGGUUAAAUAAUUAAUAAUUUUCUAAAACUGAACGGGCUACUUUGUAUAUAUUAUAUGUAGAUGCUAUAAUUUCUAUCACGUAUAGGAUCUUUAUGGUGCUCUAAAAAUUUAAAGCGUUAUUUUAAGUUGUUAUAUUGUGAUUUUCUUAGUAUAAUGAUAAAACCAUAAUAACUAUGUUCUCGUAUUUUUUUUAAUUUAUAUUAAGGUUAUGUGUUAUAGCUGUGUCAUUGUGUAAAAGACUCUUAUUCAGCUUUACGAAGUGCUUGCAAAUAUACAAUAAAAAUUUUCAUAUCUCUAAUA